AGUCUUACCCUAAUGUAAGAUGGUGGCCCGUCUGGCUGUGGAACCCACCGAAAGCUGAGAGUCUCUCUCUCAGCCGUAAAGGUCGGACUCGCUGAAGCAAUCAGGCCCGUUUCUGAAGAGUUUUUUCCCCGACACUCGUUCAGUGGUCUCUUGUGAGGACGCGGCAACGCGUGGAAUCGGAUAAGGGAAAAGCGAGGCAAGGCAGGCGGGUCUUCGAAGUUCUACAGUUUAGUUCCUAGCGCUGAACCUCCUUCUCCCUUAAAUUAUUAUAAACUUUUGCUGCUGUUUAAUAAACGUGAAGAUGUCUCGCAGUCCUGAUGUGAAGGAAGACCCUGUGGAAUGUCCUCUUUGCAUGGAGCCCUUGGAGAUAGAUGAUAUCAACUUUUUCCCUUGCACCUGUGGCUACCAGAUUUGCCGAUUUUGUUGGCAUCGAAUUCGCACUGAUGAAAAUGGGCUUUGUCCUGCAUGCAGAAAGCCAUAUCCAGAAGACCCAGCAGUUUAUAAACCACUGUCCCAGGAAGAACUGCAAAGGAUAAAGAAUGAGAAAAAACAGAAACAAAAUGAGAGAAAACAGAAAAUAUCAGAAAAUCGCAAACAUUUGGCUAGUGUACGUGUUGUACAAAAAAACCUCGUCUUUGUUGUAGGUCUGUCUCAGCGCCUAGCAGACCCAGAGGUUUUAAAACGACCAGAAUAUUUUGGGAAGUUUGGUAAAAUACAUAAAGUUGUCAUCAAUAAUAGCACAUCAUAUGCAGGCUCACAGGGUCCAAGCGCCAGUGCUUACGUAACCUAUAUCCGGUCGGAAGAUGCUCUCAGAGCCAUACAGUGUGUCAACAAUGUGGUGGUAGAUGGCAGAACACUUAAGGCAUCUCUAGGUACAACAAAAUACUGCAGUUACUUCUUAAAGAAUAUGCAGUGUCCAAAGCCUGACUGCAUGUACCUACAUGAAUUGGGGGACGAGGCGGCCAGCUUCACAAAAGAGGAAAUGCAGGCGGGUAAACACCAAGAAUAUGAACAGAAGCUACUUCAAGAAUUAUAUAAAUUAAACCCCAAUUUUCUUCAGCUGUCUACGGGUUCAGUUGAUAAGAAUAAGAACAAAGUGACACCACUGCAGAGGUAUGAUACCCCCAUUGACAAACCUUCCGAUUCUCUCAGCAUAGGGAAUGGUGAUAAUUCCCAGCAGAUAUCUAACAGUGAUACACCUUCACCACCACCUGGUUUAUCAAAAUCCAAUCCAGUCAUCCCCAUCAGUUCAUCCAAUCACAGUGCACGGUCUCCUUUUGAAGGGGCAGUAACUGAGUCACAGUCAUUAUUCUCAGACAAUUUUCGCCAUCCCAACCCUAUCCCAAGUGGGCUUCCUCCUUUCCCCAGUUCCCCACAGGCAUCCAGUGACUGGCCUACAGCACCAGAACCACAGAGCCUCUUCACAUCAGAAACAAUCCCAGUAUCGUCUUCUACAGACUGGCAAGCAGCAUUUGGCUUUGGUUCUUCUAAACAACCAGAGGAUGACUUGGGUUUUGAUCCCUUUGAUGUCACUCGAAAAGCCUUAGCAGACCUGAUUGAAAAGGAACUGUCAGUCCAAGACCAACCUUCCCUUUCGCCCACAUCUCUUCAGAACUCCUCUUCACACACUACAACCGCCAAAGGUCCGGGCUCUGGAUUCCUGCAUCCUGCUGCACCUGCAAAUGCCAACUCGAGUCUCAAUAGUACCUUUUCAGUCUUGCCACAGAGGUUCCCUCAAUUUCAGCAGCACCGAGCGGUUUAUAAUUCAUUCAGUUUUCCAGGCCAGGCAGCCCGCUAUCCUUGGAUGGCCUUUCCACGCAAUAGCAUCAUGCACUUGAACCACACAGCAAAUCCCACCUCAAAUAGUAAUUUCUUGGACUUGAAUCUCCCGCCACAGCACAACACAGGUCUGGGAGGGAUCCCUAUAGCAGUUUAUUUUAGUAGUUCUCACAAGUCAAGGGCUUUCAACUGUGAAUAUCAGUGCAAGUAAUGAAUUGAAGACUUUCAGAUUGUGUAUCUGCUGGCAACUGUUAUUACAGAUCCUGUAAGUUGUUAAAACAGCCUUGUGUUAAAUGUGGCCCAAUGACCUUGGAGUAACUUUAGUGGGGGGAAAUUGUAACCUUGCAGGUACUCUUAAUGUAGACUUAAAGUACAAAUGUCAGAACCAAAAUAAACAGUAAAACAGGUGGCAUUAAAUUUACCCAGCAUUUUUCUGCAGUGCCAAAGAGCAUUUAAGGAUCAACAUGCAUGACACCUAGACUGGUGAUAUCUCUAAUGUUACAGAAUGAAAAAAAUGCUUAUAGUAAUGGCACCAGGAUAUACUACACCCACACUAAAGGGGUGAUUUUAGGUUCAUCUUUGAAGAGCUACUAUAUGCUACACUAUGUAAAAUGAUAGCAUAUCUGCUGAUUUUUUUUUCAAUCAAGGAGGUUGUUGUUUUCAGCAUAAUGAAAAAGAGGGAAAGCUCCACAAGGAUUUAAAGAUGAUAAUACCAUCAUCAUCUCCAAGAAGAAAUGCAGGAAUGCUGACUGCAAUCAACUUUUGUAGCCUAGUGAUGUUUCCUAAUAUGGUGAGAUCUCUUCCCAAGGACUAUACUAGCGUUUAUACUCUGUUAUCAGUCUUGCGUACUGAAAUAAUGUGUCUACGGAGCAGAACAUAGUGAUCUGGAACAUUACUGGGAUGUUUUUAAACAUUGUCGUUUUAUAUGUUGGCAUUUGCAAGAAGACUGACACCCUGAAACCAUUCAUUUUUUUCCUUUACUACAUCUAUAAAUUGAGUAUUCAGCUUAAGGUAAAAGGAGGCCCUGGGUUAUGACUUCAUCAACAAAGUAGGAAGGCUUCUUAUUGGCCUUAAGCUGAGUGUUGGGCUACAUACCAUUGUUGCACUUAUGUUUUCUCUAUUAAAAUAUGUUUUUAUAAAGUUUGUGAUUAUGGAUUACUGAUAUAUAUAUGCCCUAUUCCCUCAUCCCUCACUUAGGGUAUGAUUUGCUACCAGGUAUGGGUUUUUUUGGUUUGUUUUUUGUUUUUACAUCUAAACUAUUAACAUUCACUAAUUAACCUAACAGUGGCCUUCCCCAGUCCCAGAGUCACAAAUAAGAAUGACAUUUCUUGAGUCUUAGUGUAGUCAAUGCUGCAAAACCUCACCUGUAUUUUAAAUGGUAGGUGAUUGGAAUGAAGCUUAUUACUAAAGUAAGCAAAGAUCUUACAUAAUUUCCAAAUAAAUACCUACAGCCCUGCAACCUUAGUUUUAGAACAUGCUUUCAGGUUUUAAUUCCUGACUAGCUGGAGUCUUAUUCUGAUAGUUUGUACUCACCUCUCUCUCCAGUUUCUUUUUCUUUCUUUGGACAAACAAGAAAUUGUUUCUAUCUCUGUGUAACUUAACCACAAUUAGAGGGGGCAGUCUUGACUAGAUCUUAAUGUGCACUACCUGUGUGAUUACCCUACAGGAUCCCUGACAGGCCUGAAUUUUCCCAUUUCAAAGGAGAAGAAAGUGCUCUGUCAGGCUGCUGUUUACUCAGAGUCUCUGGUCAUUUACCUCCCAAUUUCCUUCUCAGUAUCUGGUCUUAUUUCCAAACUAGCUUUUGAUUUUAAAUGAUCAUAUUAUUUUUUUCUUCUGUCUUUUAAAUCAAAACAGCACAUUUAAGCAGAAAGCACAGUCUGGGUUUGGAGUAGAUUGAGUAACAAGUGUCAAAUUGGUAGACUUUUGACAUUGUAAGAUUGGUGUUAUUCACUUUCUCCUACUUCUAAGUUAUUCUAGCUCUUUAAAAAUACAUUCUAGACAAUACUACUAAAAUAAAGUGCUUCACAAAUAUGUGU